CUGAAAUACGCGGGAGUUGUCAAUCCAUACUUUGCGUUAAUACCAAUGGAAUUGAACGCACGGUUUAUUGCUUACUAUAUUUAAAUUUGUAUGUGAAAUUUGCGACGUGUAUAAUUUGCCCAUUUCUCCUGAGAACUCUGAAAUGUAAAAUUACUGUGUGUGUUGACAUAAUACCAGAAUUUCUUCAAAAUAAAGUCCAAUGUACGAAUACUCUUUACAGGUUAUUUGAGAUAAUAAUUUUCAUACAGUGGAUACCAUUUCCAAUUAUCUAAACGUUUAAAGCUGCACCUCCACACAGUUAUAUGUUUAAAGAUUUAGAAUACCUUAAAUUAAUAUAUAUAUAUGAUUUGCUUUAUAUAUACUUAUAUGUAUAUACACACAUAUAAAUAUAUAUAUUUAUAAACAUAAAUGGAAUAUCGUUGUAAAACGUAAAUACUUCUCUCUCUCAAUUUAAUUGGACGUACAAAUUUUGGAUGGCAAUAUCAGUGAAAAAUUUCUGGACUCUGUGCGGCAGACAGUCAUCUUACUAUAAUCAUCAUGUUGAUAUUUGACUUUUUGAAAAAGUUUUUUGGUUGGGUGGACGAGACACCAAGAAAACGCAGAGCUGUAUCGUUUAGUAUAGAAAAAGAAUUUGUGACACCGAAAAAACAUUGUUGUGAUUACGAAACCAUCAAUGUAGAUGAAGAGCUUAAUGAAAUUAAUGAUGAUAGUGACAGUGAUGAUACUCACAUUAUAACAAGACAUAAACACUCUCCCAUUAAAUCGUCCAGUAGAUUAAAUGGCACAUGUAAUAAGGACAAAUCGUAUAGGUGUUGCCCGCCACCUUUUCCAUUACCAAAGCCUCAACAGUGUUACAAUGAAUUAACCAUGGGCUGCUUUGGUAAUAAAAUCAAAGAUGGGCAAAACAUCGAAACUCGUCAACGAUGUUCAACUUUAAAUAAAACUCAUCGAUUGAAAGAAAAAAAUCAGUAUGAGGAACUGCUGCAAAACUUUCUUCCACACAGGAUACACGUUAUAUGUGAUAAAUAUGAAGAAAAACAAUCAACACCAGAUGUGGUAGAAGUAAUAGAUUUAGAGAAGUCUGAUUCUUUAAAUCCUCCUUCUAAAGUUCACCAAAUAUCUAGGAAAAAGAACACGUUACCUAUGCAUUGGAAUACAACAAACAAAGAAACAAAAAACAAAGAAGUGGUAAUUACUACUAUAGAAAAUAAUGAUGAAGAUACAGUACAUUCCAUUUGUAAGACAACGCAGUAUCCUAGAAAACAUAUUAAUACAGAAAAGUCAGCCUUAACUAAACAUAUGGAAAGCAUGAUUACAAAUACAUUAAGAGAUGAGUUGGCUGCAAAAGCUGUAAUCAGGGAAGAUUUUAUUCCACAAGUAGCGAAAAGAUACAAUGAGCGUAUAGAGCAGCGUUACAAAGAAGCUGAAGAACUAAAAAAAAUGACAUGUGUGUUAUCUAAGCAUAAUCGUUUAGCUCGAGAAGCUGCUUUGGAGGAACAUUUAGCUCGUUCCAUGCGAUUAUGUGAGGCAGUUCUCGAUGAAAGAGGAGAACAUGAGGAGCCAUUGUUACCUACAUUAACAGAAGAAAUGAUGCAAGAAGUAAAAAAUGCUCUUAUUCCCCGACCACCGGAUGAAGUCCUUAUAGAAGGUUUCGGUCUUAGAAUUACAAGGAAAGAUAUUCAUACUUUGGCUGAUUUGAAUUGGUUAAAUGAUGAAGUAAUUAAUUUUUACAUGAAUUUAUUAAUAGCCAGAAGUAGCAAUAACAAAUAUCCAAAAGCACAUGCUAUGAAUACAUUUUUUUAUCCGAAAUUAAUCUCAGGAGGACAUGCAUCCCUCAAGCGAUGGACAAGAAAAAUUGAUAUAUUCGCACAAGAUCUUAUAGUUAUUCCUAUACAUCUAGAUAUUCAUUGGUGUAUGUCAAUAAUUGAUUUUAGAGACAAAUCCGUACGUUAUUACGACAGUAUGGGUAGUAAUAACAUGAAAUGUUUAUCAGCAUUGCGACAAUAUUUGGAGGAUGAAAGCUUAGACAAGAAAAAGCAACCAUAUGAUACUAGCAACUGGAAGUUAGAGUGUGCCAAAAAUAUUCCACAACAAAUGAAUGGAAGCGAUUGUGGCGUAUUUUCUUGUAUGUUUGCUGAAUACAUUUGCGCGAAUAAGAAAAUUACAUUUACUCAACAGGACAUGCCAUAUUUUCGAAACAAGAUGGUAUAUGAAAUAUUAAAAUCCAAGCUUUUAUAAAAAGCUAUCCGAAAAAGACUAUUUAAAUACCAACAAUUGACAGUAAACGACCUACAUACAUUGUUAUAAUUUCAUAAACUACAAAAUAU